UCGAUCCGGGCGAUGGAGGAGGAAGCAAGCGAGGGGGCCGGUUCCUGAGCUUCGUAAUUCCUGUGUCGCCUUCUGGGCUCCCAGCCUGCCGGGUCGCAUGAUCCUUCCAGCCGGAGCUCCUUUUUUUUGCCCGCCGCCGUGAGGCCGGCUGACUUGCCGGCAUCCCGGCUGCCACCUCUUCUCCCGACCUAUGUUACAAAAGAUCUUCCGGGGGUUGCACCUGCCUGCGGCUGCCUGAGACGGAUUUUGAAUCUCUUUCUCUCCCAUCAGAACCCUAUCUUGGCUUUGGAUCUCAGAAGAGAAGCACUAAGCAGAGACCAGACUCAGUGAGUGAGCAGGUGUUUUGGACAAUGGACUGGUGGAGCCCAUCCCUAUUAUAAAGAUGUCUCAGAGCAACCGGGAGCUGGUGGUUGACUUUCUCUCCUACAAGCUUUCCCAGAAAGGAUACAGCUGGAGUCAGUUUAGUGAUGCAGAAGAGAACAGAACUGAGGCCCCAGAAGGGACUGAAUCAGAGAUGGAGACCCCCAGUGCCAUCAAUGGCAACCCAUCCUGGCACUUGGCGGACAGCCCUGCGGUGAAUGGAGCCACUGGCCACAGCAGCAGCUUGGAUGCCCGGGAGGUGAUCCCCAUGGCAGCGGUAAAGCAAGCGCUGAGGGAGGCUGGGGAUGAGUUUGAACUGAGGUACCGGCGGGCAUUCAGCGACCUGACAUCUCAGCUUCACAUCACCCCAGGGACAGCGUAUCAGAGCUUUGAGCAGGUGGUGAACGAACUCUUCCGGGAUGGGGUGAACUGGGGUCGCAUUGUGGCCUUUUUCUCCUUCGGUGGGGCUCUGUGCGUGGAGAGCGUAGACAAGGAGAUGCAGGCAUUGGUGAGUCGGAUCGCAACUUGGAUGGCCACUUACCUGAACGACCACCUAGAGCCUUGGAUCCAGGAGAACGGCGGCUGGGACACUUUCGUGGAACUCUACGGUAACAAUGCAGCAGCCGAGAGCCGGAAGGGCCAGGAGCGCUUCAACCGCUGGUUCCUGACAGGCAUGACUGUGGCUGGCGUGGUUCUGCUGGGCUCACUCUUCAGUCGGAAAUGACCAGACACUGACCACCCACUUACCCUGCCACCCUUGUCCUGCCCCCACCACAUCCCUUUGUCCAGCCACCAUUGCCACCAGGAGAACCACUACAUGCCAUCUAUGGCCACCUACCCAUAACAGGGUUGGGCUUAGACCUGGUCCCCUGCAGUUAGUUUUCUAGAAUCUACCAUGCUUCUGUGAGAGCUGCCUUCCCUACACGUCAGUUCUCCUGGCCUCAGAACCCACAAGGUUUCCCCAAAAUCUGCCCCAUGGAAGCUGGCAGGUGUGGGGGUGUUUGUAGCUAGGAGUUGGAGGGCCCUGCCUGAUUGGUGGAAGCCCCGACCCCUUAGCCUCCCCAAGAAUGCUUUCCUGCCAGGGAGUUGGUGAGUUUUCUGACCUUUUUCCCCAGAAGGAGAGACUAGAUUGCCUUCGUUUUGAUGUUUGUGGCCUCAGAAUUGAUCAUUCCCUUCCCCUCCCAGGACCUAGGCACCCCUCCCUUCUAUCCCCACUUUCCCAAGAGCCACUUAGGGGCCACUUCUGACUAAUUAGGGAUUCAAGCUGCUUGGAAUAAAGAAAUAAGGACCAGGACCCCCUCCCCACCUCUGGCCUGGCCAGAGUCCCUGACCCCAACCCCCACGUCCUCCAGAAGCCUCUGGCUAGAGGCCAGCCCCACCCCGGAAGGAGGGGGCUGUAGCUGCAGGAAGCGCCCCAUGCCAAAGCUGGGGUGGCCCUUGCAGUUUAGCACCACCCCACUUCCUUUCCCUUUCCCCUUCCUUGGCUCCCAUGACCGUGACUGAGGGACCAACUGGGCCCAAGGCAGGUGCCUCAGAGCUGUUGAUGGCCUCAGCUGUCUCACUUCCUGCGAGAAGAUCAGCCUGUGGCAUCUUUGCCUUGGGCUGUCACCCAUGGAGUCUAGGGAUUUGGGGGGCCUUGGCCCAGAGGUGAAGGGGAGCUACAGGGAGCAGCUGCGGAAGCCCUAGAGUCUUCCCUACCUCAGGCAGGAAGGGCAGGAGGGAGACCCUGAUGCACAGGAUGAAGGUGAGGGUGGCAGGAGGGGCCAGUCCUACCUGGCCAGAUGUGUGCUCCACCCCCAUUCAGCCUGGGCUGCAGGGCUGCCAAGGUCAGAGUGGCCUGGCCCGGUGUCCUUCAGGCCUCCCUCUCCUCUACUCCACCCAUGGCCGCCUGUCUCAUCCCUGGGGGUCCCGGCCUACCCCUGGCCAUCCCGGGCUCUCUGCUGUACAUAUUCGAGACUAGUUUUUAUUCCUUGUGAAGAUGAUAUACUAUUUUUGUUAAGCGUGACUGUAUUUAUGUGUGAGGAGCUGCUGGCUUGCUGUGCGUGUGCACGUGGAGAGCUGGUGCCCGGAGACUGAACGGCCUGAUGCUCCCUCCCCUGCCCUGGUCUGGGGAAGCCAGCUGGGGGUCCUGGCUCCUGAGGGGCACCUGUCCCCCCCAGCCCCCACCCCACACUUGUUCCAGCUCUUUGAAAUAGUCUGUGUGAAGGUGAAAGUGCAGUUCGGUAAUAAACUGUGUUGACUCAGUGA